AUGCUGCUGCUGCUCGCCACCUUCGCGACGCCGCUGACGUACGCCGCGGGCCUGGCGCCUCCGGGAGGCUUCUGGAGCGAGAGCGUGGCCGAGCACCACGCCGGCGCGCCGCUGCUGCACGAUGGGCGCUACAAGAUCCGCUACCACGCAUUCUUCUACGCCAACGCCAACUCCUUCGUCGCCUCCCUCGUCAUCAUCAUGCUGCUCAUGAGCAGGACGCUGAGCGACCGCCUCACCCGGUACCACGCGCUGUUUGUGUGCGUCAUGGUGGAGCUGCUGGGCCUCAUGGCCGCCUACGCCGCCGGGAGCUGCAGGCGGCCCACCACGACUGUGUACGUCGUGUCCCUCGUCGGCGCCGUGCUCCUCUACAUUGUGCUGGUGCCGGUGUUCACCUUGGAAGCAUUCAGGGGACGGCGGAUAUCUCGGAUCACCACUGAAAGGAGGACAACCCCCGUCCAUGAUGGGCAGGAAGAGAAGCUGGAGCAGUCGCGGUCGCUGGUUCUGCUGAUGGCCACGUUGGCGGCGACGGUGACCUACCAGGCAGGGCUGAGCCCGCCGGGCGGCGUCUGGCCGGAAGGGCAUCCGGAUCACACCGCGGGGAACCCGGUUCUCCAGGACAUGCACCCCACGAGGUACAAGGUGUUCUACCACUGCAACACGGCGGCGUUCGUGGCGUCGGUGGUCGUCAUCAUCAUCGUCCAGAGCAAGGAGCUGAGCGCCGCCGGGCGCUUCGCGCUCAACACGGUCAUGAUACUGGACCUGUUCGGCCUUAUGGGCGCCUACGUCGCCGGGAGCUGCCGGGAUAACACCACCACCAUCUACGUGUCCGCCCUGGCCGUCACCAUCUUUGUCUACAUCAUCGCCAAAGUCGUGGCGUUCGCGGUUGGAGGCCGGGAGAGCGAGCCCACACGGUGGGCGCAAAGAAUGUGGGGUAAGGUUGUACAAGCGUUGCUCCGCCUGUCGCGGCGGCAAGGAGGAGAAGCAACUCAUUCUCCGGCCUCCGAGUCCGAGAGGAAGCGUAUUGAAGAAAAAGCGCUCGAGAGGAGGCGUAAGUUCUUGCUGCAGCUCGCCAUCCUCGCCGCCACCGUCACCUACCAGACCGGACUGAACCCUCCCGGCGGGUUCUGGCCAGAGACAGAGAGCAACGGCGAAAGAUCGCUAACCGCCGGCGACCCGGUUCUCCUCGACCACUACGGGAGCAGGUAUGAGGUGUUCUUCUACUGCAACGCCACGGGCUUCAUGGCGUCCCUCGCCGUCAUUCUCAUCCUGGUGAACCAGAAACUAUACAAGAAGAGCAUCCAGAGCAACGCUCUUCACAUGUGCAUCAUCGUUGGGCUGCUCGGCCUCAUGGGUGCCUACGCUGCCGGUAGCUGCCGGCUGCUGCGCACCUCAAUCUAUGUCUUCGCGCUCGUGGCCGCGGUGGUCGCGUUCCUCGUCCUGCAGAUCCUCUUCUGGGUGUACGCCGACUGCCCACAUUUGUCACAGAGGAUAUGCCUGAAGGGGCUGCUCGAGCAGCUGUCGCCGUCGUCGGCACCGAUGGGGGCGGGCGACGAGGGCGAAGGCGACUGGCGUCAACAAGAACGAUACCAACUGCGCAAGUCCCUGAUGCUGCUCGGCAUCCUCGCGGCGAGCGUGACCUACCAGGCGGGUCUCGCGCCUCCCGGCGGCACGUGGGGCGACGAUGAUACGGCGUCCUCCCCGUCGCCGUCGCCGUCGCUUUCACCACCGCCGUCGGCUGCAUACCUGUCCCAUGCCGGCAACCCGAUCCUACUCGACACCAACCCGCAACGGUACCAGGCCUUCUUCUACUGCAACGCGACGUCGUUCGUGGCCUCCGUCGUGGUCAUCAUGCUGGCACUGCAGUACACCCUCAAGGAGCGCUUCGCCCCGCCGUGGGCGAUGCAUAGCCUGCAGACCGUCAUGGUGCUGGACCUGCUCGGCCUGCUGGGCGCCUACGCCGCCGGCAGCUGCAGGGACUGGGAGACGUCCGCGUACGUCAUCGCGCUCGUGGCCGCGGUGGUCGCCUUCAUCACGAUCUACAUCCUGCUGUCAUUUGACGAAGUGCGAGGGACGGCCGAGGAGCUCGCGGUGUGGAAGUACUUUUCUGGAAAGAAGGAAAAGGUGCUGAAUUGCUUGGGAGCAAGCAAUGAUGAUGAUGAUGAUGAUCAAUCAGCCGCAACCGUAACGGUCACCCGUGUGUAA